AAGAAAAGGUUUAGAUUUUCUGUUUCUUGAUUUCUAUUGAAGAGUCUGAAAACCAAAAACAUGGAGGACUUUCUAGUCUACGAUGUUCGUAUACAAAGCUUAACCGAGAUGACUGUUGAUCUAGACCCUAGAAGAAACCAGCAGCAGAAUCUGGACGGCCGUUUUUUAACUCCAAGAACGAUCCAAGUGACAUUCGGAUUCUUCGACAUUCUUCGACGCUAUGUACAGUCGGUGGAAGGGACAUAUACGCAAGAAACUGUAACACCCCUGGAUAUCGUAUCCGAUGUUGAGUUCUCUUUCAUCGGUUCAUUAUUGAUUGAUGAAGAAUUUGCCAAGAGAGGUGCGAUGGAGGUUUUAAGUCGCAUGGGACUUCCACAAGAUACUCGGGAAAGGAUAGUGAGGGAAGUGGGUGUUGAGGUUAGGAAACUGGUAUCGACGGCGAUUAACAGUAGUGAUUGUGGCGGUGGUGUUAGUUUCUCGAUUUCAGUUGGUAUUGCCGCGGUGAAGUGGGAAGAAGUGGAGUACGAAAGGUAUUUAGAAGAGGUUGGGAACCCUGAGAUGGAGUCCAUGGAAAUUGAAGCUAGACUGAUCCCUGCCGCCGAAUCAUCUAUCCGAGCUCUGAAAAGAAUGGUGUUCGAUGAUUUGGAGAACCUUCGAGAGUGUACGAUUUGCAUGGAACAGAUUGAGGCUGGCAUGGAAGCAAUUCAGAUGCCCUGCUCCCACUUUUAUCAUCCAGAUUGCAUUGUUUCGUGGCUGCGCAAUGGCCAUUUUUGUCCGCUUUGUCGCUAUGAAAUGCCUGUAGAACAAUAGGAUUUUUUUAAUCGGGUUUUCAUGAAUUUUUAUCGAGAGAGAUAAGUUAGAGAUAACUUUGUAAUUACAAUUUUGAUUAAAUCAAGCAGAAACCAUUCUU